AUGCGGGUGCAGAACGAAGGCACCGGCAAGUCAUCAUGGUGGAUGAUCAACCCCGACGCUAAACCAGGCAAAUCGGUCAGGAGACGAGCGGCGUCUAUGGAGACGUCGAAGUUCGAAAAGAGAAGGGGUCGAGUUAAAAAGAAGACCGAAGCCCUAAGGAACGGUGUUACAGCAGAUGCCACUCCCAGUCCCAGUAGUUCUUUGUCGGAGAGCCUCGACAUGUUCCCAGAUUCACCUUUGCCCAGUGGUUUUCAGUUGUCGCCGGAGUACCGCCAGAGGGCGUCGUCGAACGCGUCGUCGAGCGGUCGCCAGUCACCAAGGCCGUCGCUGCUGCCAUCAGAGCCCGACUGGGUCACUGACUCAUACAAUCCCGCCGGUGACUUCAAUGACUUCGGGACGGCCGAUUUCCCAUCGACCAGCGAUUUCACACAAGUCGACUUUGCCCAAGAGGAACAGUUGGCCGGCUCGCUCGCGGACUCCAUGAAACUGCAAGGCGCCGAUCCUUUCCUUAAUACAUACGUACCUACCACGUCGUCGUCGGGCAACAGCUACCGCUACCCGUACGGCGCUUGCCCGCGCCACCCGCACGGCGCGUGCGGCUGCUCCCUCUACGCCCACCCCGCCCACCCCGCGCACCCGACGCACCCCCACCAGCACGCGCUCGACCACUUCGUGAGACCGCCGCCGCCCGCGGACCCAGCGGACAUCAUGCACACAGGAUCGUGGACGUGGUGGCGUAGCUCAAUCCAGAUUGGUGAUUGCGCCGGUGCUAUCAGACCAGUGUUAAUUGGUAAAGGUUGUGCAAGUACGAAGUCUUUCAGCGGCAUCCACACAGAGAAUAGCCAGACCCGAAUGGUGACGACGGACGCAGCGCUGAUGAAUGGGGGCAUGAUGGUGCAAACAGGCGCGAUGGGGCCAACCACGGUCAUGGGCCAGAUAAUGGGCGCUCUUAAUACGGGCCUAGCGGAGGAUUUGAACAUAGAGACUCUGGAGCACGGCUUCGAUUGCAACGUUGACGAGGUCAUAAAGCACGAGCUCAGCAUGGAGGGCACUCUGGACUUCAACUUUCCCCAGCAGCACAGCGCGAUGGCGGCCGAAGCGGAGAGCCAGUUCGCGGCUCCCGCCCCCCCUGUCCCCACCACCCUCUCCGGCGGGGGUGCCCCCCGCACCCCUUACUCGGCCGCCCCCUCUUGGGUCCAC